UUUGGUGUUCCACAUUGAAUUAUUGGCUUGAUUAUGACAAAAUCAAGCAAGCUCUAUGUUGCUUUCAUUAUAAAGUUUAGGAAGAUGAGAGCUUGACAGGAGCAAGAGUAAGAGAUAAGAGAUGGAGAUGUGUGGGAGGAUGUGUGCAGUGUUGGUUGUAUUGUUGAUGGUGAUGAUAAGAGAAGGAGAUACACAAUUAGCACAAAAUUUUUAUAGGUUUGGAUGCCCAAAUGUUGAGUCAAUUGUAAGGCAGGCGAUCAUAAAGAAGAUGAGCCAAACGUUUGUGACUAUCCCGGCGACACUUAGGCUCUUCUUUCAUGAUUGUUUUGUUGAGGGUUGCGACGGAUCAAUCUUGAUUCAGUCUACAAAUGGAGAUGCCGAAAGAGAUGCAAGCGACAAUCUCUCCCUUGCUGGCGAUGGCUUCGACACGGUAAUAAAGGCCAAGCAAGCUGUCGAAGCCGCUUGCCCUGGCAUUGUCUCCUGCGCUGAUAUCUUGGCCAUAGCUGCUAGAGACGUAGUUGUUUUGUCAGGCGGACCGAACUUCUCGGUCGAACUCGGGCGGCGAGACGGCCUGGCUUCGCAUCGAUGGCGCGUCCCCGGAAGUCUCCCUUCACCGGAGUUCAACUUCAACUUACUAUCAUGGUUAUUCCGCAAGAACAACCUAUCGGUGACGGACAUGGUGGCUCUCUCCGGCGGGCACACAGUUGGCUUCGCCCACUGCUCCCGCUUCGCCAGUCGCCUAUACUCCUUUAACGCCACCCACAAUGUCGACCCGUCACUUGACCCAACGUACGCACGACAAUUAAUGCAGUCCUGCCCGAAGAACGUCGACCCAAGGGUGGCGGUCAGCAUGGAUCCCCAAACGCCGAAUGUGUUUGAUAACGCUUAUUACCGUGGUUUGGUGAAGGGGAGGGGAAUUUUCAAAUCAGAUCAGGUGCUUUUGGGACAUCCAAUGUCGAAGCCUAUAGUUAAUAGCUUCGCCUUCAACGCGCAAAGCUUCCGCUCGGCUUUCGGUGAAGCAAUGGUAAGACUGGGGAGGGUGGGGGUGAAGACUGGAAAUCAGGGGGAGAUCAGGAGAGAUUGCUCUCGCUUCAAUUGAUUUAUUUAGCUUGAUUUUUCUUUUUUUUUUUUUGGAUAGGCUGAGAGAAAGUUGAGUUUCUAUGGAGAAUAUUAUGCUCCAGUUUGUUUUGUAAGUCUAUGAUUGUUUUGGUGUAUUAUUUGUUAAGUGAUUGGAAAAUUCAUGCUU